AUGGCUAAGAUGAGCAAAUAUCAGUGCCACAACAUUCAUAUCCAAAUCUCCUAUGAUAUAUAUAUGCGAUCCCCCAACACAAAUGAGCAAAACAUAUCAGUAGCUCAACACUGCUUCAACAAUGGCCGCCAACAAAACCCAUCUUCCUUCUUCGCUCCUCUUCCCUGCCGCUUCUCCUUGCCAUGGCCAAGCGCUUCUCGCUUCAAACUUCUUGCAAAUUUAGGUAAAAGGGCAAUGCUAUUUUCAGGUGAUGGAGAUGCAGAAAUCAAGAGGGGAGGGAAGAAAACGUUCAUAACCAAAGAAGAAGAACCAGAGCAGUAUUGGCAGACAGCAGGGGAAAGGGAAGAGGAGAAUCCUAUGAUGACUCCUCUUCCUUGUAUCAUCAUCUUCGGCAUGUCGACUCCGUUCGUGAUCUUAGCCAUAGCUUUUGCCAAUGGCUGGGUUAAGGUUCCUGUGAGAUGA